GAAAAAGUAAUAAACGAUGGUACACACCAUUUUUUUUUUGCCGGUUCCCGGCGGGUGAGAAAAAAGGCUUCAACGGCGUUAAGUUGCUGUUCCUCACUCUGCGCUGCCUUCUCUCUCUUAAAAUCGCAGGUUGAGCUUUGGAUGAUAAAGACACUUGACUUUCUCUUACAAUGAGUACACGAAGAAAUGGCAUUUCCAGGCAUCAGCGGGUCGAGAAUUUCCGUGGUGAAGGGCCAAACUGGAUCCUAAUUGCUGGGGGUGCCUUGUUGAGCACAUUAUCCAUACGCUUUGGGUACAAGUUAAAGCAGUUGAUUGACUCGAAACCUCAUUCGAAUGGCACUAGUGGCUUAAAAUCCAAUGGAACAUCUGACAGAGGCAGAUCUCGAGGAUGCUGCUUGCAUUCUAACGCAUCUUCCUGUGAAAGGAAUCAUGAUUGUUGCUUCCACUGCACUCCCGGAACUGAGAAUGUGGAGGGAAACCAUGCUGCAAACGAGCAAAUGGUGGUUCCCAGUAAUCCGCUGCCUCUUGUGAAGGUUACUACUCCAUCAUUUAGCAAAGAGAAUGGAACCAUGUGGGCAUCUUCUCCUGAUCACCUGGAAGUGCACACGAGACCAUACCAACACCAGUCUACCUGCUCAGAUUCUCCCUGUGUAUCUGAAUCAGGGUCAGACAUGUUCAGCAAGCGGGAAGUUAUACAGAAGCUGAGGCAGCAGCUGAAGAGACGCGACGACAUGGUACUUGAAAUGCAGGAACAGAUCUCAGAGCUGCAAAGCUCGCAUAGCGCGCAGAUGGCACACUGUAGCCAUCUCCAAACACAGCUGGACGCAACAAACAGGGAUCUGUUUGAAUCAGAAAGAGAAGUGCAGAGGCUGAGAAAGGCGAUCGCUGAUCACUGCGUGGGACACGCUGGUAGCAACGGUUGGAGUGGGGAUGCGAACGGGUUUAUGGAGAGCGAAAGCAACUAUGAGUCACCGGUAAAAGGAUCAAGGGAUGGAGAAAGGAUAGAGAUGUUGAGAAAGGAAGUGGGAGAGCUUAAAGAGGUGAUAGAUGGGAAAGAGUAUCUACUUAGGAGCUAUAAAGAGCAGAAGAUUGAGCUUUCAGAGAAGAUGAAAGAGUUGCAGCAGAGAUUGGAUUUACAGCUCCCAAACAUUUUGUAGGUGUGGAAAGGUUAGGCAUUGUGCAUUCUUACUAGUCUCUCUCUCUUUUCUUUAUCUCGAGAAACAAAUCCAAAGAACAAAAAUUUUGGACUCUUUGUGUCUCUCUCUCUGGGAGAAGGAAACUUCUCUUCUUGAUAACUUUUUUUUUAAUGGUUUAUUAGUUUCGGCUUUGAAUGUCUUGAUCCUUUUA